AUGGCGUAUCAACAGAGUCACGGCACGUCGGUGCCAGAUCCCAUACAGACCAACGGAUACGUCGACGUUUCGAACCCGUUCACCGAUCGCCUGAAGGGUCUGCAGAGCGAGGAGGAGAGACGGCUGUUUGACCUGGUCGACAGACUCAAGGACCUCGACGUGAACCGAGAGCUGCAGCUCCCCCAGCUGGUCGUCUGUGGGAGCCAGUCGUCGGGCAAGAGUUCCGUCCUCGAGGCCAUCAGCGGCCUGUCCUUUCCGCGAGGAGAGUUUACUUGCACCAAAUUCGUGACUGAACUUCGGUUUCGGCCAGGGAAUGUCGAGUCAAUCAACAUCGAGAUCGUGCCCGACACGAGACGCAAUCCGGACGACCAGGCACGCCUCCGAAACGCCCGAUUCAAACCCAGGAGGCUGGCCGAGCUGGGCCAAAUCGUCAAGGAAGCCGAGAAGUGGCUGUUGGGCGGCCGUGGAGGGUUUGCCACGGACGUGCUCAAGGUCGAGGUGGUGAGGCCCCGACAGCAGCCACUCACUCUCAUCGACACUCCCGGUCUGAUCGCCUCGCACAAUGAAGGCCGCGAGUACAUCGACCUGGUCCGUCGGAUGGUGGACGACUGGAUCCAGCAGCCACGCACCCUGAUCUUGGCCGUGGUAGAGGCCAACCUCGACCCGCAAAAGCAGUCCGUCCUCACCAUCGCCAAGGAAGUCGAUCCCACCGGAGCGCGGACCUUUGGCAUCAUCACCAAGCCCGAUCUCGUCGAGUCACCGUCGGGCUUGGAGGACUUCUGGAUCAAGAAAGCCCAGAAUGGUGCCGACAGCAUGGCCGAAUUCAACUUUGCCAAGGGCUGGCAUGUCCUCCGCAACCGUGGCGUGCGCGAAACCGGCAACGAGACCUCGGCGGCCGAGAGAGACGAAGCCGAACGCAUGUUCUUCACGUCUCCCGAGCGCAGAUGGAGUCAGGUCGAUCCAGCACAUUGGGGCAUUGACUCCCUCCAAGACCGUCUCAGGAGCAUCUACUACGACCACACCCGGCGGCAGCUCCCGAUCAUCCAGGACGACAUCCUCCACAGGCUCCAGAAGGCGAUGAGGGAAGUGGAUGGGAUCAACGAGAAGCUGGCCGACGCCGACGAGAUCUGGGCUCGGUUUUCCGAGCAGCGGACUGGGCUGGCCGUGCAGGCCAAAGGCUGUGUGGACGGCACGUACCUGGACGGCGCGGCCGACUGGAACGACGCACCCAACUACUACCUGCGGUCGCGGAUCGAGGAGGAUCACGACGAGUUUGCGCGCGAGGUGGAACUGAACGGCCACGGCCUGCGUCAGGACCGAUCGGCGCGCAGCCUCACCGAGGACCGGGACGGCUUCCUGACCUACGUCCAGCAGAUGCUGGAGUCGACCCGGGGCCGCGAGUUGAAGGACAGCUAUGACCCCAACCGGCUGAAUCUGCUGUUCCGCAAGCACUCGGAACCCUGGCACGGCAUCGGGAAGCUGCACCUGGACCGCGCCCACGAGCGGUGCGUCAAGUUUGUCGAGCAUAUUGUCGAAAACGUGCUCCGGCAUGAACUCCCGGCGCUGCCGACGCGGGUGUCGCAGGCCAUGAAGGACCAUCUGUACCAGGCUCUCGAGAAGCAGAAGAAGAAGGCCGAGGACGAGCUCAAGGCCAUCGAACAGGACCGGAAGCAGCCCGCCCAGACGCAGAGUCGACGCUUUGAGAAGCUGGCUCGGCAGUUGAAGGUCAACAAGAACUUUGCCCUCGUCAACCGGGUGGCGGAGGAGGAGUACCCGUACAUGGCACAUGCGUCGUCGCCGAACCGGACGGAAAACCCGAAUGAGAGGGAGAACAUGCCGCCCCCCGCGACGCCGGGGAGUGCCACACGAUUUACCCCGGCGCAUGUGGACCGGGUGCUGGCUCAGGACAGUCGCGCCGAGUCAGCGGAGGAGAUUGGCAAGAGGAUGAUCAUUUACUACGAGAUCGCUCGUGAAGUCUUUAUCGACAACGUGGUGGUCCAGGUGGUGGAGCGACAUCUUCUACGGCCGCUGCACACGCUGUUCCAGGGCGACUUUGGCAUCGACAAGGACACCUUCACACGUGCGGUGGAUGCCGAGAGAGACCAGAAUCUGACGGCGAGGAGGAAUGCGUUGAACGAGAGGGUCAAGCGGUUACGGACGUUUGCUGACCAGCUGCGUGCCAUUUGA